AUGUUUAUACGAAAUUUUCAAUAUCUUAACUUGGAAGAAUUGUUAAAAUUGACUAAAGUCUGUACACAGUUUCGCAUAGUGAUUGUUGAUUUUAUAUGGAAAAACAAAUACAAAAAUCUAGAAGUAUGUAAAAUGUCUCAACAUUUCGGAAUGUUGCUGACAAAUAAUACAGCGAAUAAUGAAUCAGACAAUGAGGUUGGCUACGAGUGUGUUAAAGAGGAUAAGACCAUAUUAAAUCGAAAAGAUGUUGAUACUUUUCUACAGUUAAUAGUUGAUAACAUAAAAAUGUUAGUUUUAUAUUCACCAACGAUAAACUAUAAAUUUCCCACAGAAUUCGGAGUGACAUUUGAUCAGCAUCAUAGAUUUAUAAAUCUUACUGCGAUAAGUUUUCAACAUGUUAUAAUCAGCGAAAAAGAUUUAAGACUUUUGAAUAGAUAUUGCAACAAGUUGGAGAAAAUGUGUUUGGAUAACUGUUUUAAUAGCAACGAAAAGACCUUGGUAAUAGGAGAGGAUAUAAAAAAUACCACCCUACAAAAUAUGACUGAAUUGAAAAUUCUUGAAAUCACAGUUUCCGAUACUGUAGAUAAAGAAUUAACUUAUGAUUUAAAUAAAAUAUUAAAUAAAUUAAAUAUGCUGCAGUUAGUAAUAAAAAUAAGAAACUUUGUUAUAAACGAGGAUGAUGAUAAUGCUAUAGCUACUAGGAAAGCUUUAGGUCUAACAAAUCCUUGUGAGGAAUUAACUAUAGGCUAUUUUCGAUCUCAACGUAUUUUUAGAAAAUUCAACAACUUAAUGUUAACUAAUUUUAAAUGCCUUAAGAAACUGGUACUGGAAUCAUGGGCUUUGAUCUCAAUUAAUGAAGAGUUUUUUAAGAAACUACAAAAAACUUGUAAUCAAUUAGAAUAUUUAAAAUUACAAAAUUUCGAAAUCAGUAGCUUUGCCACCAUUUCUACUUUAAACACAUUUGUUUUGGAGAAUUGUUCGGGUUUGAUAUGGCGUGAUUUAAUGGCCAUCUUAAGUAAUAUGAAACUAAGAACAUUUUCCAUUAAAGACACAGAAUAUAUAGGAAUAUUUGAGUAUUUUACAGUGGCACCAACUUUGGAAAAAUGUACUUGUUAA